AUGACAGAAGCUAGACAAAAGCAGAUAAGUCAGUUCAACAAACAGUUGUGGCAGGCUGGACUCACUGGAAUGCUAGAAGGAACAUUGGUUGCACUUGUUUCCGGCUACUACUUCAAGUAUAAAUUCAACCACGGCCACAAUGCCCGUUUCUUCAAGGCUCCCUACCAGAUGUGGUGGUUGGUUUCGUGGAACUUUGUUGGUAUCAUCUUCACUACAGAUCUUGCAAAAAUCAAAAUCAGUAAGCAGGUAGCAAUUGAAGACGAGAUCAAGCGAAAUCGGUACUUGGAAGAAGAAUUCUACGGACUGCCGAAGAAGGUCGACGGGGGGAAGUAG